AAUAGGGCGGCAGUUAUGCGUGAAAUGGGAAGGUGGCGACACUGGGAAAUUGGGACGCCCUCAGCAGCAGUAGCGACCUCGUAUUCAUGGAGAUUUUUCCUCCUCCUUUUCUGUAUUUCUCUGCCUUUCCUAAGGUGGUGGCGGUGGCGGCGGCGGCAGCAGCAACAGCGGAAGUGACGGUCAGUGUGGGGUGCUUGUCGUUGGGGGAAGAUGCCGACUGUGGCUGUUCUAGGCAAACCAGAAGGUAAACAACUGUGACAGGGAAAGGAGAGACAGGGAUUCUGGGAGAGGGACGAAGUAGGGCCCGGCAAAAGCCAGUGCCCUGACGUUACCACCGAAAGAGGCUUUUCUCACGAACGCGUUGACGAAGAGAGAUCCUAGGCACAACACCUCAGUUGCAAUGUCCAUCUACUUCAGCCCCACUGUGAGACUCUCCUCUAUCGUUAGGUCCCCAAAAGACCUCCCAUCUUCAUAGGGUCAGCGGGAAGAACUGACUUCAGCGCUGCCGAGAGCCGACUGGGAAGAUUGCAGAUGGCAAUCACAUGUUUCUGGGAUGCUGGAACCAUUGUAAAUACAUGGCGGCUACCAAGAGCCUGAAUUUUGAUCACCUGAUUGGAUGCUGUGACAGUCAUAAAUGCGAGGAUCACUUGUAUGCUACUGUGUUUCAUAGGAGUUGCUAGUUUCUAUCUUUGAUUUACAAAAUGGAUUAUGUACCUGCAUGAAGAUUCUCAAUAGCAACUACUGCCAGAGCUUCUUAAGGUGAUUCAUGGCAGGGGACGUGGAAGGGUUUAGUUCCUCCAUCCAUGACACCAGCAUCUCAGCAGGGUUCAGAACACUGUAUGAGGAGGGAUUACUGCUUGAUGUCACUCUUGUCAUUGAGGAUCACCAAUUUCAAGCUCAUAAAGCACUUCUUGCUACUCAAAGUGAUUACUUCAGGAUUAUGUUUACUGCUGAUAUGAGGGAACGAGAUCAGGACAAAAUCCACUUAAAAGGACUGACAGCAACAGGCUUCAGCCACGUUCUCCAGUUCAUGUACUAUGGAACUAUUGAACUGAGCAUGAGCACUGUUCAUGAGAUCCUGCAGGCUGCCAUGUAUGUUCAACUUAUUGAAGUAGUGAAGUUCUGCUGCUCCUUUCUUUUAGCAAAAAUAUGUUUGGAAAACUGUGCAGAAAUUAUGAGACUUUUAGAUGACUUUGGUGUAAACAUUGAAGGAGUAAGAGAAAAACUGGAUUCCUUUUUAUUAGAAAAUUUUGUGCCUCUCAUGGCCAGACCUGAUUUUUUGUCCUGUCUCAGUUUUGAAAAGCUUAUGACUUAUUUGGAUAAUGAUCAUCUGAGCAGAUUCCCAGAGAUAGAACUCUAUGAGGCUGUUCAGACUUGGCUGCGGCAUGAUAGAAGACGCUGGAGACAUACUGACACCAUCAUUCAGAAUAUCAGGUUUUGUUUGAUGACACCAUCCAGUGUUUUUGAAAAGGUGAAAACUUCAGAAUUUUAUCGUUAUUCCAGACAAUUGCGGCAUGAAGUGGAACAGGCUAUGAAUUACUUCCAUAGUGUGCAUCAACAACCUUUGAUGGAAAUUAAAUCAAAUCGCAUUCGUUCUGCCAAACCCCAGACUGCAGUAUUUAGAGGAAUGAUAGGACACAGCAUGGGUGGCUGGCAGCGGAAGGAUCCUGUAUCCCUUGAAAUUUUGUUGAACCCAACCUCAGUCAGCAAGGCCAGUUGGCAAAAUUUGGAGUUCCCACCUCUGGACAAUAAGAUGUUGUUAAAAGCACUCUCUAAAUAUGUGGACACAUGUCUGAAAAUGAGUGAUAUCCCUCAAUCUGAAUAGAACUUUGAAUUGACACUGAACUUUCAUUAUCUCUUUAAAGUAAUUUGGAAAUGUGAAAAAUAAUAGCUGACAAUUUGAAACUUGUUGACUCUAGGCAGACUGCUGAAAUGGUUUCAUGAGAUUCAAUGCCCAUGUAAAACAUAAAGAUAUAAGCUGCACAAUUUUAUUUUAGCAUUUUGGGAACCUCUAUAUAACAACAUGCUAUAUUCUUGGAAUUUAUGCAUGUGAUAAGUUCCCAAUUUUUGUUGUUAAACAGCAACAUACUUGACUGAAGCAAAUAUAUAAUUGUUCUUUCCAAGCUUUUCUCUCUGAAAGCUAAAUUAAUGGGGCAAUAUUACUUUGUGAUUAUCUCAAAGAUCAAAAGUAUAAAUUACCCCUGUAAUAAUAUGCUAUGUUUACUGAGAUGUUAUUAAAAAUGGUAGGCCAAAUUUUCUCAUUAGUUACUUGCACACAGACAAAUUUGAAUGUUCAUAAAUUGCAUAUGUUUCUGAAAAAAGCAUCAUACUACACAAAAUCAAAUGCAUGUUAAAUCAAAAGUGAUCCUCUUGUUUGUGUAACUUAUGUUUACUACUUUUAAUGUACACAUUGGACAGUUAUUAACCUUAUUAAGAUGCAACCAAAGCUUAAUUCUGUAACUGACAACAUAAUAAGAUAAGAGAAUGUAUUUGCUAGGGAAAAUAUAGCAGAAAAAAUUAUUUUGUUCUGUUUUAAGACAAACUACCCUGCUGGGAUUCAGUUUUGAAGGCAUAUCAGUUGGUAUAUACUGGCAGUAGUUCCUGAAUGAAUAAAAGAAUUCUGAUCUUUUAUUCAUAAAAUAAAAGCAGCAUACUAAUGUUUAUAUAUACACAUUCAUCCAUUAUUUCUCCUAUUUUCCUAUAGACCUAUCCAUUUUUAUAUUAGUAUAUAAAAUAUAAUAUAUAAACAGGAAAUUGUAAAUGAGCUUAAUUCACAGCAUGUUUCAAAAUGUGACUUAUAACUUCUCACAUCCCAUUUUAAGAACUUGUGUUGCCACAGGAACAUAAUCUCUCAAAAUAAGUAUAGAGUUUUUCAGUAACUUGAAUUUUUGCUCACCAUAAAAUUUACUUCUAUUUAGCCUAUUCAUUAGACUAAAAUUAACUAAUUCUAGAAGUGUUUGUGAUAGGAUAAGGUCAGAUAAAAAUGGAAGUGAAUUUUUUCCAAGUACGUUAAAGAGCCAUUUUUGUAUAAUGUUAAUUAUUAAACACUUAGUAUUGCUGCUUCACUAUGGUUGUUAUGAGAUCAAAAACUUCUGGCUAUAGAGAAUGAGAGUUUUUGUUUACAUCUAACUUGGGGGGAAUCAUUAGCUUAGGUUUAAGCAAUGGUUUACCUGCCUGGCUUUCAAGUAAUAUUUGAAUAUUGAUAGCUUUAAUCUCUUGUAAAGUUAAUUUGAUAGACCCGUUUAUAGAGAUUCCCAGUCAUUCAGGUCAUGGUUGUCUCAAAGGUGCUUUUUUCAAUACUUGUCCAAUUGCCUCUUGGGGGAAAAAAAAACACCUUUGGGAGAAUUUGACAGUCCCCUUGCAAUUGUAUCUCAAAGGGCUUUUAAGGCCAAGGUCUUCACUACUAAUGUAGAAAAUGUUUUUUUUUAAUAAAGUGUAUCAAUAUGUGUCUAUCCAUGCAGACAGACACAUAUUGAUAAAUGUUGAUAAAUUAAAGGCAAUUUUACUCUAGGAGUGCUUUUAAAACAGAAUCCUCCACAGCCAAGUUUAUAUGCUAUGUAGUCUGAUCAAUACCUAAAUCAUCCUGGGUAUCAUAUAGAAGAGUUUUAAAAAAUAAUUUACCACUGAGACAAUAGUAAAAUUAUGAAAUAUAUUAAUAGAUAUAGCAAUAGCACUUAUAUAUACCACUACACAGUGCUUUACAGUCGUCUCUAAGUGGU